CUCGGAAACCAUCCUGAGAUUCUCUACGUUGCAACAUAACCACCAAAGGUGGUUUACAGCCCAAUUUUCUGUUCUAGUAUUAGUUUCUUUUCUGCUUUUCUCGUCUUAGCAUCGUCUUUCAUUUUAAGUCAAUAUGGCCUUGUCGGUAUCUGCAAUUGGAUUUGAAGGAUAUGAAAAGAGGCUUGAGAUAUCCUUUUUUGAGCCUGGCAUCUUUGUUGACCCUGAAGGCAGGGGCCUCCGAUCUUUAUCUAGAUCCCAAUUGGAUGAAAUCCUACAGCCUGCUGAAUGCACCAUUGUUUCUUCGUUGUCAAAUGAUCAUGUUGACUCUUAUGUCCUUUCAGAAUCCAGCCUCUUUGUCUACCCUUACAAAAUUAUUAUCAAAACUUGUGGAACUACAAAAUUGCUUCUUGCAAUUCCUUCCAUCCUAAAGCUAGCUGCUUCUAUUUCCCUCCCUGUGAAAACUGUUAACUACACUCGUGGAAGCUUCAUAUUUCCUAGUGCACAGUCCUUUCCCCACCGUAGCUUCUCUGAGGAGGUAGACAUUCUUGAUAGCUAUUUUGGCGAACUUGGUUCUGGAAGCAAGGCUUAUGUGAUGGGUAGUGCUGAGCAGCAACAGAAAUGGCAUGUUUACUGUGCUGCUGCUGAGAUGGCGAAUCCCUCAGACGCGGUUUACACUAUGGAGAUGUGCAUGACUGGUUUGGAUCGUAAGAAGGCAUCUGUGUUCUACAAGACCCAUGCAAGCUCUGCAGCUGCAAUGACUGAAAGUUCUGGUAUUAGGAUGAUUCUUCCGGAUUCUGAUAUAUGUGAUUUUGAGUUCGAUCCUUGCGGCUACUCUAUGAAUGCCAUUGAAGAUAAAGCAAUUUCUACAAUCCAUGUUACUCCGGAAGAUGGCUUUAGUUAUGCAAGCUUUGAAGCAGCUGGUUAUGAUUUCAAAAUUGUGAAUUUGUCGAACCUAGUCGACAGGGUGUUGGCUUGCUUCGAACCAAAUGAGUUUUCUAUAGCGUUGCACACCGACCUUGUGGGUAAGGAACCUGGUCCUGAGAUCUCUCUGAAUGUGAAAGGAUACUGCUGUGAAGAAAGGAGCUACAAAGUGGUUGGCGAUGGAGGAUCAUUUGUCUACCGAAGCUUUACGAAGGUUGGUUGCUGUGGGUGUCCAAGGUCCACCCUACAGGGCUGCUGGAGUGAGAGCGAUGAAGAAGAUGAAGUGGAAAAGAAAUAAAUUCUAGAUCAGAUGUUGUGGUCUGUUUCUUUUUAGCAUUUUACUUAAUAUUGUCUUGUCAUGGAAACUUGUGCCGUUUCACAAGUCUUUUAUUAUCAAUAUAUGUAUGUUCUUUUGAUUA